GUGAGUUGACCGCGGCUCAGGAAAUGACUCAAAUGAGUAAAACAUUGCGCGAAUGCAAACCUAAAUAUCAGUCAAGAUACAGGCAUCACUGGACUUCCUCUUUUGGUGCUUUUGGUGUUGUAGAUAUAGGCUUAGCUUAACCCACCACUUUUUGAGAUGGUCUGAAAGCUCACUUGAGGACGCAAGUCCGUUUGGAACCAGGCCAGCUACAUCAACCAUGGGAAAGUUCUGUUUUUAAACAUUCUUUCACUCUUCCAUUCUUUCUACAACUCCCUUGUGAGGAUGCAGGGGGCCAUUGCUCGUUUCUGUGUGGUGGUGGCAGCUGCCAUCCUGAACCACCCGUUGCUCUUCCCCGACAACAGCACUGUGCCAGCCCCCGAACAGGAGAAUGAUCUGCUGGUUCGCAUGAAGGAACACCAGGAGAGACUGGAGGCGGAGCAGACUAGGUUGGAGCAACAGCUCUCAGCAGAGGCCCUCAGCGCUGAUCUGGAUGGCAGCUACAGCUGGUACUUCUGGAGCGCCCUCUCUCUCAUCAUCUUCUUCACCAUCGAGGUGUGCAGGCAGGAGGCAAGCCAAAUGGACAGCCAGGGCUCAGAUUCAACCAAUGAGGAUUUGGACGGCUGGUUUGGUGGAGGAGUGUCCAGAGACAGGGACUUGGUUUUAGAGAAGGGUGCCCUCGGACGCCUAUGCGAGACAUGCUUCCACGGGCCCACACACGAGAGUCGCAGGGUGCGCGAGUUUGUGGAGGGCUUCGCAGAUGAUCUACUGGAGGCUCUGAGAAGUGCAGGGGACCGCGAGGCUGACAUGGAAGUGGAGGACUUUGUGGGAGUGGGAAGCGUGUUUGAGUCCUGGGGAGUCUGCAGGCCGUUCACAUGUGACCUCAUCGUGCCCUUUGCACCGCCUGAACCCUAUUGCUACCAGUUCCAACUGUGGUGCGGGCCAUCAAGCGACCUGACCCCGGACCUGUGGCAAGGCUGUGGUCAGAUCCGUUUGGCCCGAUUGGGUGAGGGUAGCGCAGGCUGCCUGUGUGGGUCCACCAACCUAGGUGAAGACAUGCUGUGCCUGGUCCAUGCCAGGAACGACCCUUCCAAAGAUGCCGACCACUGCCUAGAGGAGCUCCUUUGCGCCAAAGGCACGACCUACCUGGCCAAAGACCAGGUCAUGAAGUGGUUCCAGAUCUCUGUGACCAAAGCGUGGGGGCGCAUCUCGCACAAGUAUGAGUUUGAGCUCACUUUCCGAAACCUGGACUCCCCUGGAGCCCUAAAGAUCCGUUUCAGGUCAGGAAAAGUUGUGCUGCUCAACCUAACCCCCGUGGUCCAGCUUGAGGACACAGACGCGUACUUCAUCUCGAAUUUCACCACGGAUGGCGAGAGCUCUUCGGACACACACUGGCAUCUCUCCUUCUCUGUGUACGAGAGGAAUUUGCUCAAGCACCUGGCCAAGAGCCUUCCUGAGAACUCCUGCCAUAUCCGGUGCCUGCAGAUUGCCUCGUUCCUUCACAAAAAGCAGACCAGCCUGACGGGCAGAUGUGCACUCACUAACUAUCACCUGAAAACUGCACUGCUGCACUUGUUGCUCGCUAAACCCCCUUCCGCAUGGGGACCUCAAAACCUGGACCAACGAUUUGGAGAUCUGUUGGGUUUACUCCAGAAAAGUAUCCAGGAAAAGAGACUCUGUCAUAUCAUCAUCGGAAACUCUUCGGUUCCAGCCGAAAUCAGAGUUCCUGAAAUAUACCGGGCGGCAGAACCAGUCAAUCUUUUCCGGCCACUGGUGCUGCAAAGGCAGCUGCACACAGGAGUGGUGGAGCAUGUCCAAGAGAUGGUCAGGAAUGCUCCGGUUCUGAUCCAGGAAUACACUCCUCAUGUUCCCAAUCCCAACGGAGAUGUUCUCCGUGGGCCACACUCAGCUCGGCAGUCAUAGUGCGGCUCACCGCAAAAGAAUGGACUGUAAUCUGAGGUUCAGUGACUCAGUUGUAAUUGCCUGAAAACAUUACAGAUUCCUAUCACAGUAACCGCCGUGGCUGGGAAGGAACUGCGAGAGCAGGGUUCUGGAUUUUGUUUGGUGGUUGGUGUACUUUUUUGUUUCGGAAAGCAGCUAUUAUCAUGACGACACCAAAGACUUAUUUCUCCUUGAGAUUACAGCAAAAAUGAGAAGGCACUGAUCACAUUCUGUUCUGCUAACUGUGUAGUGUUAUUUAAUCAUUUUUAUUGCACAUUAUUGCAUAUUACUUGAAUGCUUUUCCCAAGGUCUCAAGGUCAUUCUGUAAAUAUUGUGGCAUUCCUUGUGGAAGAAGUAAAUGGUUUCUACUGGACUCACUUAAAAUUCCUCAGCAUAUCAUUCAGGAAGACAUGCCAAUGGUACUCUGUCAGUUGUCACAAGAUAACAUUUUUAGAGAAGUGGCUACAGAACAUGGUUUCACUUUUGACCUUAUGAUUCACAGUUGAACAGGUUCCCGAACUAUUUGUUGCAUGACUUAGGUUAUGCUUUAGAGCAGGGGCAGAGAUAGGAGUUGAAGCACAUUUGUGAGUUUAGCCCAGAAAAGUUGUUUAGGGGAAGAGGUCCAGGUGCUUGUUCAUGUGUACACAGAAUAUAAGGGGGAACCAUGUAUGGAUGGGGAUAUUUCCCUGGUAAUAGUACGUACUACUUAAUAGUACUACUAUUGGUAUAAUCAUUUGCUCCAUUAAGAUAACCCUUAUUAUAAAUAUUUGGGACUUUCUUAGUUUUUAUUUUUUUAGGGUGACAGAAGCCUGGCAACGUGUCAUGACUGAAUACGAUUUCUAGGAAGUGUUAACACUAGCCCUGAACAAGAGUAGCAAUUUCAUGAAGGGUCACCAACAUUGCCUGACUGUGUUCAGAGCAUGGCGUUACAGUCACCGCACAUCUUGUUGUCUAAAGAAAAGGGAGGUAAUUGUUUUCCAAUAAAUAUGAGCAUUCUUGUGCCUCAGGCCUCUUCAUGGGCCUGAGGCACAACUUACACUCACAGGGAAGUAACGUGAAGUACUUGGUCCCACUUUAUAUCAGGUGUAGGCUAUUGCAGUAAAUAAAACAUAAUACACUGUUGUUCUUGUGUAAAUAUGAUGUUAUAAACCUAUGUAUAUAUUGUAAUAUUUUCUUAGAUAAGAAAUGCUUUUCUAAAUAGUCAUCUAAUUAAUUGUAAACCACAUAGUACCUAAGGAUAGCAAUCACCAACUAAGCCUUUUCAACCUACUGCAUGUCAGUGUCAUCACCGUUGCUGGUCUGCUGAAAUGCUCAAAAUAUCAUUCUAAAAAUGUAAUUUCAACAUCAUUUCAAUGAAUGCUUCGUGUGUCAGUUUGCUUUGGAGUGUGUGAGCUGGUCACAUGUUAAGUGACUGGACUAAUUCAGUAUUUCCUGCGUUCAACUUCACUGUAUUGAGGAUAGCUGAAAGGACUCUGAUGUCUAUCAAAACAAAAGCCACGAAGGAUCUUAUCAAUUGCUGCUCUUGAGUGUCAAUGUCAACCCAAACCCAGGUUUGGCUUCAAACCUUAUUAAUGGCAAUAUACUGUAUAUUUUGUUUAUAAAAUGGUCUACCAAGACAUGUAGUGUAGUUAUUUAGUUGUGUUUGCAUAUGAUUUCCUUUUUAAAGUACAGUACAUUUAUUUUAUUACAACAAUAAGAUGGGUAUUUGCUCUGAUGAAUAUUUGUAUUGGGGAAACUGUGUCUGUUUACAUAAAUAAAUGCACUGCUUUAACUUCAA